ACGUAAUUUGUAUAAAAGAGUGAACGGGUCCAGCAACAUCAUUGUAUCCUUUGUACAGUACACAAACUACAACAUGAACUCCUUCGCUGUUCUCCUGCUCUGCGUCCAGGCCUGCUUAGUGCAGAAUGUGUUCAGCCAGUGCUGCGGUGGAGCGUACGGCCCCGGUAUGGCCGGUGCUUACGGCGGCUACGGUGCGUACGGCGCGUACGGAGCUAACGGUGCUUACGGUCUCGCCGGGCCCGCUCUCGCGGCGCCGCUCGCUUACGGCGCAGCAUACGGCGGCGAAGGUGUCGGUGACGUAGCGGUCGCCGGUCAACUUCCAGUCGCUGGUACCACCCUGGUCGCUGGACAGGUGCCGAUCUUGGGCGCUGUGGAGUUCGGAGGCAUUGUGCCAGCCGGCGGCGAGGUGUCCAUCGCCGGCAGCUGUGGCUGCGGCUGCAGAGGGUCCUACUUUUACUGAGAAGCUUUGUACCAAUAAAUAAAAGUAUUUUCUGCAUGAAUGUAA